CGAAAAAGUUAGGUGGCGUUUAAUUAUUUACUUUGUCCUGAUGUAAUUUCGUUCCCAGUUGAGCAUCAGAACGAAUUCUGAUAACUUGAAUAAAAUAUUAAUAAAAUAAAAAGUCUUGAAUUCAGAUGCAAAAGAGGUGAUAUUUUUGCAUAUAUGUCAUUGAUAGAGUCAAUGAGUUUUUUGUAUGAUGAUUGUGGUAUGGCAGAUAUAGAUAAAUGGCUGAUAUUUAGUAUACUGAGUCGAGAAUUUCUCACCAACAUUAAAAUAGCUUGUGUGUUUGGAAGUUCUGGCAACGAAGCCCUUAUUGUUACCAAAGAUGAUGAAGUUUAUGCUUUGGGAUCAAACACUAGUGGAUGUUUAGGUUUGGGCGAUUCACAUGGAAGUUUGGAGCCAAGAAAAGUGGAAAGUUUGCAUAGAAAGGGAAUUAAAACUUUUGCUUAUGGAAGUGGACCACAUGUGCUUGCUGUAACUGAAGAUGGUGAAAUUUACAGUUGGGGUCAUAAUGGUUAUUGCCAGUUAGGAAAUGGUAGUACUAACCAAGGGCUGUUUCCGGGAUUAAUAUCUUCUAGCUUAAUAGGAAGAAAAGUAAAAGAAGUAGCAUGUGGCAGUCAUCAUUCAAUGGUUCUUACCAAAGAUGAUGAAGUUUAUGCUUUGGGAUCAAACACUAGUGGAUGUUUAGGUUUGGGCGAUUCACAUGGAAGUUUGGAGCCAAGAAAAGUAAUAACUAAAUUUUUAAUAGGCUCUAGAAGAUGUAUAUCAAUUGCUUGUGGUCAGACUUCUUCAAUGUGUGCAUUAGAUAAUGGUGAUGUUUAUGGAUGGGGUUAUAAUGGUAAUGGACAACUGGGCUUAGGAAAUAACGUAAAUCAGUCAAAUCCAUCAAGAGUGGCUAAUCUUCAAGGAGUUGUAAUUCAAAAAAUAGUUUGUGGUUAUGCACACACUAUGGCAUUGUCUGAUGAAGGAGUUUUAUAUGCUUGGGGAGCCAAUUCGUAUGGUCAAUUAGGUACUGGAAGCAAAGCAAAUCAAGUCACACCGGUUCGAAUAGCUUCUGAAAUUGGAAGAAUAGUGGAAAUAGCAGCAUCUCAUUAUAAUCAUAUAUCGGCAGCCAUGAGUCAAACUUCCAAAGUUUUCAUGUGGGGACAGUGCCGUGGUCAGUCAAUUACAGUUCCAACAGAAACUCCCUUUCAUUCUCUUCAUGAUGUCUUUGCUUGUUUUGCAUCUCCAGCUGUCACAUGGGUACCUAUGAAACUAGAUAUUUCUGAUACUAGUAGAGUUAAUGAUAGUUUACAACAAGCUUUUGAUGAUCCUGUUACAAGUGAUUUAAAGAUAUGUGUUGAAGGAAAAGUUAUUAAUGUACAUAAAUCUAUAUUAAAAAUUAGGAUUGAGGAAGUUUAUGGAUGGGGUUAUAAUGGUAAUGGACAACUGGGCUUAGGAAAUAACGUAAAUCAGUCAAAUCCAUCAAGAGUGGCUAAUCUUCAAGGAGUUGUAAUUCAAAAACAACUUUAUUUGAUAUAUAAAUGUUUUAUGAAUUUACAAAGUUUAUUUUUUGUAUUUAUCAGAACAGUAGAUAUUUCUCAAUUUACUUAUCCAGUUUAUCGUGCAUUUCUACAAUAUUUAUAUACGGAUGAUGUUGAUCUGUCUCCUGAGGAUGCUAUAGGACUGUUGGAUCUUGCAAAUUCAUAUUGCGAAACACAAUUAAAAAGACAUUGUGAAAGAAUAAUCAGAUAUGGAAUAUCCAUAGAAAAUGUUGCCAUGUUAUAUGCUGCUGCAAUCAAAUAUGAAGCAAAGGAAUUGGAAGAAUUUUGCUUCAGAUUUGCUCUCAAUCACUUAACAGCCGUAGCGCAGACGGAAGCUUUUAAUAAAUUGGACGAAACAAUAGUAAAAAAUUUUAUUUGCAAAGCUGCACAACACGGUGCUUUUAAAUAUUAACUAGGGAUUUUAUAUAGGAAAUAAAAAAAUGUUUAAUUCUCUACAGUAGAUGGUAAUUUGUUGGUUAUGCAAUAAAUCAAAUAAACAUUAGAAUAGUUGUUUAUAAUAUAUUAAAAAUGUGGUCAUACUUGGAAAGAGAUAUCACCCGCUGUUGAUAUAAUUGAAGUAACUGUUAACCUGUGACAGUAUUAACAAUAUCACUUUUAUAAAUGUUUGAAUUUAACUAUCGAUUAGCAAUAUUUUUAAGUUGUACUUAUGUUUUCCAUUAGUAAAUCUAGUCAUCAGUAUUAAUUAAAAGAAGAAAAAGGAAUAAAAAUCCAUACAGUAUUUUAUAUUGAUCUGGAAAGUUCAAUUAAUAUUAUAAAAGGAACUUGUUUCGGUGACAAACUUUCUCAACAGUCAGAUAAUAGUAAAUCUGAGAUGUCAUAUUGGUAUAUAUUUUUAUCAGAGAUUUAAAUAUUGUAUACUGAAUAAGCUGGACUUAUUAUGAUUUCUAGAGAAAGUGCAAUUUAUGUUUUUUAAAUGUAAGAAUGUAAAUGUUGUCAUUACAUGGUGAAGGAAAAGAAACAUUUCUUUUUUAAUUUUUGUACUUAAUAUUUCAAUUUUUAAUACAUAUCCAAUGUAAAAAUAUGAACUUCAUUUUAGAUAUAUUCAUAUAUUUAUGUUCCUAUGAUGUUUACAAUUAUUUUACAUCUUAGAAUAUUGAAACAAUUGUUUUGUUAUGAGUUUGUAGAAAUCGAUCUCUUGUUCACUGUUUUCUGGAUUAACAGACAAUCGUAUAAACAUUACACCUUGUUAUGCUUUUUUUCUAUAGGCAAUAGAAUAUAGAGAAGUAAUAAAAUAUAUAAAAUAGAGGAAAAUGAAAAGAGACAAUCUAUUGAAAUAAUGAAGUUUAUUAUAUGUAUAUGUGAAAAUAUUUUUUAAAAAAUGAAAAUUUUUUACAAUAAUGCAAAAGAAUUUUAAUUCAUAAAAUAAGAGAAAAUUUUUCAAAACUUAUCUAAAUCAAUAUUAAUUUUUCAAUAAUUUAAGUAUAUUUGCUAGUAUAUAAGGUGAAGACUUUUGAUAGAUUUAUAAUUCUAAAAAUAUGGAUUAUCUUGUAUAGCAUCUAAAUUAAUAUUCAGUUUUACACCCAAUAUUCAAUUUUUCAACACAAGAAACAAAGUUAACAUUUAUUUUGCUAAUUAUAUUAUCUAAUCUUCAAUUUAAAUGAGAAUUUCUAAAUUAGUAUUCAAAAAUGCACAGUACAUUUUCAUAAUAUAAUUUUUUUAUUCAGUUUCAUUUUAUUCUAUGUAAGAGGAUAUCAGAUGCUUCAAUUACUGUGAUAUUUCAUGUUCUUGUUUUAUUAUACUAAUAAAUAUCACUGAAUUUCUUGAGACAUUAACAUUAACAUUACCAUUACCAUUUUAAACAAAUAAUAAUCUUAAAAAACAAAAAUUUAUUUAUUAUAAUUUUUUAAAGACUAGUAUAUUGCUAAUUUAUAUCUUCAGGAACACUUGCAAAGUUUAAUAUAACAGAAUUAUCGAAUUGUUCUAAAAGGGAAAUUAACAAUUUUCUGAGACGAAUAUGUAAAUCAAUUGUAAACCAAUAAUUAUCAAAUUAUACUUUUCCAGUUUGUUCAAAUCAAUAUCUUAAUUAUUUAUUUAACUUUCCCAUUUAGAUUUUUUUAUAUCAUUGAUAAUGAAUAAAAUUCUGAUUAUAUAUGUUUAUCUUUAAUUGUUUAUAUGUUUGUUAGUAGGUUGCUUAGACUCUUAAAAUUCUCAAAUUUCUUAUAAAAUUAAAGCAUACUAACUUUAAAGAUCAGUAAUAUUAACUUAUACAUAAAUCAAUUUAUAUAUAAGCCAUCAGUUUACUUACGAACAUGGAUUAUAGUCAUUAAUAUACUUUACACCUUAAGUUAUUACCAAUUUGGAAUUUCUCAUUUAAAACAAGCAAAAUAAUAACAUUUUUCCAGUCAUCUGUAAAUUAUAGUUUACUUUUCAAGAGAAUAAAAUUAUAUUUUUCUUCUGUAAUAAGCAGCAAAAUCCAUUUCAUUUAAAUAUUAUAUUUUAUAUAU